AUGGCGAACCCGCGACAGCGGCGCAAGACGCGCUCGGGCACGCACAAGGCCGUGCAGCACUCGCGGCGCGCGAAGACGCUGCUCAAGAAACAACCGCCACUCCGAGGACCGAAGGCGCUCCAGGACGCCUGGGAUCCGCGGAAGACGGUGCGCCAAAAUUACGAGGCGUUGGGCCUGGCGGCGUCGCUGAACCCGAUCGCGUCCGGAGGGACGGAGAAGCGGCUGGGCGGGCGUGCUGCGGAAGGUGAACGCGGAGGAGGAGAAGACGCCCCCGUCGGGGGCUCGUCGACCGUGGGCGCGAGGCCGGCGGGGGCGGAGGCCAAAUUGCCGAAGGGGUGGGGGCGGAUCAUCCGGGACGCGGAGGGGAACGUCGUCGACAUCGAGCUCGCGGACGAAGAGGAGGCGGGAGUGGACGAGGCCGGGGACGGGCUGGACGAGGUCGCGGACCCUCGGGAGGACGGGCGACUGGCGGGCUGGGUGGCGGUGGGGGCGCUGCUCGAGCAACUUUCCGAGGCGCGGGCAGGGCAGGGCACGCGGCGGCACGCGUCCCAGGGCGAGCUCGCGCUGCUGCGGGCGCUGGUGGCCAAGCACGGGGAGGACGUGGAGGAGAUGGCGCGGGACCGGCGGGCGAACGUCGAGCAGCGGACGGCCGGGGAGCUCAGGCGGGCGAUCCGCAAGGCUGGCGGCCUCGGCGCGCUGGCGGGGGCGGACUAG